GCGAGCCGAGCGGUGGGGAGGUGGAGACCGAAGCCGCAGGAGCCGCAUCAGCAUCGCCGCCGCCAUCCCUCCAUCUUCUGCCAGCCGGCGGAGCAGGUGCCGCUGCCGUGGGAGCGCGUGAGCGGCGAUCGGCGGGCGCGCCAAGAUGCUGGAGAUCCAGCUGGACGACGGCGGGGUCGGGGGCUACCUGGGCGACGACUACUGCUCCGGCUCGGUGAUGUCGGAGCGGGUCUCGGGCCUGGCCAGCAGCAUCUACCGCGAGUUCGAGCGCCUCAUCCGCUGCUACGACGAGGAGGUGGUCAAGGAGCUGAUGCCGCUGGUGGUGACGGUGCUGGAGAACCUCGACUCCGUCCUGACCGACAACCAGGAGCACGAGGUGGAGCUGGAGCUCCUGCGCGAGGACAACGAGCAGCUCCUCACCCAGUACGAGCGGGAGAAGGCGCUGCGCAAGCAGGCCGAAGAGAAGUUCAUUGAAUUUGAAGAUGCACUGGAACAGGAGAAGAAGGAACUGCAGAUACAGGUUGAGCACCUUGAAUUUCAAACACGGCAGUUGGAGCUAAAGGCCAAAAACUACGCAGACCAGAUUUCCAGGUUGGAAGAACGUGAAUCAGAAAUGAAGAAAGAGUACAAUGCGCUUCACCAGCGUCACACAGAGAUGAUCCAGACCUAUGUGGAACACAUUGAGCGAUCCAAGAUGCAGCAGGUUGCCGGAAAUAGUCAAAACGAGAGUGGACUACCUGGAAGGAGUCACCGCCAGUCAUGGAGGAAAAGCAUGAAGAGGCGUCCCAAUUCUCUGAAUAUCCCCCUCACAGAUGACAUGGUACGUGGGCAGGUGGGGGCCAAGAUCGCCCCUGCAGUGGACCACUGGCAUCUGAGUGACCUCGGCCAGCUGCAGUCCAACUCCGGCUACAAGUGCCCGCCUGAUGAAAUGUCCGAGUCUGGACAAUCCUCUGCAGCAGCUACGCCAAGUACCACUGGAACAAAAUCCAACACGCCAACCUCAUCCGUGCCCUCAGCUGCCGUCACCCCCCUAAAUGAGAGCCUUCAGCCCAUGAAUGACUACAUGAUGUCGAAGAACAACAAACGUUCACGGGAGAAAAGGAAUAGUCGGAAUAUGGAAGUCCAGGUCGCCCAGGAGACAAGGAACGUGAGCAUAGGAAUGGGAAGCAGUGACGAGGGGUCAGAUUUUCAAGAUAUCGACUCUACUCCGGAGCUGGACAUGUGUCAGGAUCCUAGGCUGGAGCGCACAGGAAACAGCCCUACACAGGGGAUUGUGAACAAAGCCUUUGGCAUCAACACCGACUCUCUGUACACCGAACUUACUGAAGUGGGCUCGGAGGCCAUCGGGGAUGUGGAUGAAGGGGCGGACCUACUAGUACGGGAUGAUUUCUUUGGGAUGGGCAAAGAAGUGGGAAACUUAUUGAUGGAGAACACACAGCUACUGGAAACCAAAAACGCUUUAAACAUAGUGAAGAAUGAUUUAAUAGCAAAGGUAGAUCAGCUCACCGGGGAGCAGGAGGUGUUGAAAGGAGAGCUUGAAGCAGCAAAACAAGCAAAAGCCAAAAUGGAAGCCAGGAUCAAGGAACUCGAGGAGGAGCUGAAAAGAGUGAAAUCCGAAGUGAUCGUUGCCCGCCGAGAACCCAAGGAAGAGGUGGAGGAUGUAAGCAGCUAUCUCUGUACAGAAUUGCCGUCCUCCUCCCCCCUGCAGGACAACAUCCCCAUAGCUCAGCGCCGGCGAUUCACCCGCGUGGAGAUGGCCCGGGUCUUGAUGGAGCGCAACCAAUACAAGGAGAGGUUGAUGGAGCUGCAGGAGGCUGUCAGGUGGACCGAGAUGAUCAGAGCCUCCCGGGAGCACCCUUCUGUCCAGGAGAAAAAGAAGUCUACCAUUUGGCAAUUCUUCAGCCGCCUGUUCAGCUCCUCUGCCAGCCCCCCACCUGCCAAGAGGAGUUACCCAUCGGUGAACAUCCAUUACAAAUCUCCCACGGCGGCUGGGUUCAGCCAGCGCCGCAGCCAUACCAUGUGCCAGAUCUCCGCUGGGAGUCGCACCCUUGAGUUCUUCCCGGAUGAUGACUGUACGUCAUCCGCACGCCGCGAGCAAAAGCGCGAACAAUAUCGUCAAGUUCGGGAGCAUGUACGGAAUGACGAUGGUCGCUUGCAGGCCUGUGGGUGGAGCCUGCCCGCCAAAUACAAGCAGCUGAGUCCCAAUGGCGGCCAAGAGGACAACAGGAUGAAGAAUGUCCCAGUGCCUGUGUACUGCCGCCCCCUAGUGGAGAAGGACCCCACCAUGAAGUUGUGGUGUGCGGCUGGUGUCAACUUGACAGGUUGGAAGCCUGUGGAACCGGAUACAGGAAAUGGACAGAAGCCAGAUCCAGGCUGUGACCCUCUCACUUGUGACCGAGAAGUGGAAGGAGAAAGCACCAAGAGUAACCACACGUCUCCGGAAAAGAAAAAGGCCAAAGAGCUGCACGAGAUGGAUGCCACAUCCAGCAGAGUGUGGAUCCUCACGAGCACGUUGUCUACGAGCAAAGUUGUGAUAAUCGACGCCAACCAGCCAGGCACAGUAGUGGAUCAUUUCACGGUCUGCAAUGCCCACGUCCUAUGCAUCUCCAGCAUUCCAGCGGCCUGUGACACUGACUAUCCUCCUGGAGAAAUCUUUCUGGAAGGGGACAUGAAUCCUGAAGAGUCGUCAGGAACUGAUGGCGUUUUGGCAGGCAUCACCCUGGUGGGCUGUGCCACCAGGUGCAACGUGCCCAGCAGCAAUUGCUCCUCCCGUGGAGACACUCCGGUGCUGGAUAAAGGACAGAAUGAGGUGCCUGCGGUCAGCAACGGCAAGAUCAAUCCGUCCCAGUCCACUGAGGAGGCGACAGAAGCUACAGAGGUGCCAGAGAAUGGCGUCAGUGAAAUGGAGCCGGCCCAGGUCCGUCCGGGCCCACUUACAGAACACGUCUUUACAGAUCCAACCCCAGCUCAAGCACCUACGAGGCAGAAUAGUGAGAAUGGACAGCCAAAGGUGGAGUCGAGCACGACGGCACAAGACCAAGAGGCAAAUGGCAAUGCCACCGGGGCUACCACGAGCGCUGCCCCCACCAUGUGGCUUGGAGCACAGAAUGGCUGGUUAUACGUGCACUCGGCAGUCUCAAACUGGAAGAAAUGUCUACACUCAAUCAAGCUGAAGGAUUCGGUGCUGAGCUUGGUGCACGUUAAAGGACGUGUUCUCGUGGCCCUGGCUGAUGGGACUCUAGCUAUAUUCCAUCGAGGGGAAGAUGGUCAGUGGGACCUCAGCAACUACCAUCUCAUGGACCUGGGACACAUGCACCACUCUAUCCGCUGCAUGGCCGUAGUGUAUGACCGAGUGUGGUGCGGCUACAAGAACAAAAUCCACGUCAUCCAGCCCAAAACGAUGCAGAUAGAGAAGUCCUUUGAUGCCCACCCUCGCCGGGAGAGCCAAAUCCGGCAGCUGGCUUGGAUUGGGGAUGGUGUUUGGGUUUCCAUCCGCCUGGACUCCACAUUGAGGCUAUACCAUGCUCACACCCAUCAGCAUCUCCAGGAUGUAGAUAUUGAGCCCUAUGUCAGCAAAAUGUUAGGCACCGGAAAGCUGGGGUUCUCAUUUGUGCGGAUUACAGCGUUACUCAUUGCUGGCAACCGUCUUUGGGUAGGGACAGGCAACGGGGUCGUCAUUUCCAUCCCUUUGACUGAGACUGUAGUCCUCCACCGAGGUCAGCUCCUUGGGCUCAGGGCCAACAAGACAUCCCCAACAUCUGGAGAAGGGAACCGGCCUGGCGGGAUCAUCCAUGUGUACGGCAGCGAUGACAGCAAUGACAAGUCUGCCAGCAGCUUUAUCCCAUACUGCUCCAUGGCUCAAGCCCAGCUCUGCUUCCAUGGUCACCGUGACGCCGUCAAAUUCUUUGUCUCUGUGCCUGGUAACGUUCUUGCCACGCUGAACGGGAGCGUGCUGGAUAGCCCCUCCGAGAACCCCAGCACGGCCACCAUCGAGGCGGAGGGGCAGAAGCUAAAGAACGUCCUGGUGCUCAGCGGCGGGGAAGGGUACAUCGACUUCCGGAUUGGAGAUGGAGAAGACGACGAGACGGAGGAAAACGCAGGGGAAGCCGCCCAAGUCAAGCCCAUUCUCUCCAAGGCUGAACGGAGUCACAUCAUCGUGUGGCAAGUCUCCUACAUCCCCGAAUGAGCUCCGCUUGUAUCUUUUUUUCCUGCCAGUUAUAACUUUCUCCCUCCCCGACCCCCACAACUCCCUGAAUGCCAGUAUGUACAUACAGAACUCCUGCAUUUUUCCUACUCUUGGGAAACCGAGCCCUAGACAACCGACCGCAGCAGCUCCUGCACUGGGUGGCGGCUCCCUUCCUCUUCUAACCGCCAAACUCUCGCAGCUUUCAUCUUGGGCUUGUGCGCAUUCCGAAUUGGCCGGGUUACCUCCAGCCAUCCAAAAAGGAGAAGAAUCGUGGCAGUGAAUUCCCACAUCCCGCCCGGUGAGUCAGGCAACGAGAAGCACAGGCAGACCAGACUCGGCUUGGAAGAGCUGGACGAGGUUUUCGGAACAGUCCCUUCCCUCCUUCCCUCACCCACCUGCAUGGAAGAACCAAGCUGCUUACUGGCUGUUCCACCCCUCCUUUUGCCACCACGGAUGGCUUGCAUUGGUCUUCAAGCCAGUAUGAAAGAGAUGGUUUCCAUCUUAACAAAGCAAACAUUCCAAUCCUGCCUCCUUCACUGUCUCUGUAUGGGACCCACUUGUGGGGGAUUAUCUGGGAUAAUUUGGGAGUGGUCGGGAAUACAAAAUACACACCGAAAGGGUGUGUGGAUGUGUUCAGUAGGACUUUGGUAUGACAACAGAUCAAUCGUGGGACGUUGAUACCCAGAGAAUGGACUGAAGGCUCGUGAUGGGCUUCUGCUUCCGCCACUGAAGCCAUUUAGAUCUGGGCUCGGGCACUACCCUGGAUGGAAGACCUCCUUUGAGAGAGUCCAGUUCUGAGUUCCUUGGAGGAAGGGCGAGGUUCAGACAUAAAUUUAAUAUACAAUAAUCCAGGCGAGAGGCAUUUUUGGUAGACCUGAAAGUGGGAUUAUUACCUCCAGUCCUUGCUCCAACCCUUUGUAGUAAUGAGUGGUGUGCUGACAGAGAGGGAGGCGACGUGUAUGCUUAGCAGCUGUGUAGAGGGUAAUCGGGAAAUCCUUUGCCUUUGAAACACUGAAACGCCACCCAAGUGUUUGUUUUUUGUUAGAGCCGGUCUGGGUUCAUUUGCCCCGUGUUGUUCUGUGGGGGCCAAAUUGAGGCUUGGGAGUUGCAUAUGGCUCUCCAAGUAUUCAAAUAAAUCUUGCAGGCAGUUCGAGAUGGAGACUAGGCCCCUACUUCUCAGUGACACAUGUUGAAGCCAAGGGAACUUGAGUGGGACUCGGGAGAUGGAGCAGAGAGGUGUGUGCCUGGAGAGGAUGGACCAGGGAAGAGAGGAAUCGAGGCAAGGGGAAGUCUUUGGUUCUUUUGUAGGUAGCAGCAAGAGAGAGGAAGCAGAAGCAGAGAUGGUCCAGAGAAGUUGUGAAGGCUGGUGGGGAAAGGAGAAAGCAAUCGUGGCAUGUGAAGUGAGGUGCUGCCACUGUACCAGCCUCCCAGCUGCAGCAGCGCUGCUGCUCACUGGGAUGGGGCAGGGGAGUACCAGGUUGGCGGCUGGUAGGCACACACACUUGCACCCACUACUAACCUGGUGCUCCCCUUCUCUUGCCACCACCCUGCCCUGCCGAGUGGCAGGGCCACCGCAACCAAUGCAUCCCGUCUCACGUGGCAGUGCCUGGGAAUGGAUUGUUACUUGAGAUGAAGUUGUAAACAGCUGGGCCUCUGGGGUAUACGGAGGUUUCUGCAGUAGGCAGAGGCUGAUGGACUUGGCUGUUUCCCAACCUUAAAGUUUGUGGAAGGAAGCAGCGGGGAGGAACCCAGAAAUGCUAAGUGCUCUUAUGUCUUAUUGAAAUCCCAUAGAACCUUUCCUGUUUUAAGUUUCUUUAAAUGCCUGGUUUUUCAGAGGGAGGUUAGCCUCCCUUAGAGAGAAGGACAGGGAUGGGCCAACGUCCUGACAGUUCUUGGGCUGAGCCAAAGCCGGAAGUGUGCAGGUGUCCCUUUCUUUUGUGUUGUUUGUUUUUUGCAUCCCUCAUCCCCUCCCUGUGGCCCCAUGCAUGUCUUUUAUUUCUGCAACAUGCCAGAACCCGGUCCAAGAGUUUGAACAUCACAAGGUGAACCACUGGGUUUUCUUUUGUUUUUUCUCUUACUCCAUAGGUGGGGGAGACUCAAGCAGUAGCUUGACGGUUCACUGGCAUUCAGGGUGUUAAGGGUGCUGGGAAUUGUAGUUCUUUGAGUGUCUCCUAGCAACCUCCAGCAUUCUUAACAAACUACAGUUCCCAGGAUUCGUUGGGGAAGCCAUGACUGUUUAAAAGUGGUAUAUGUAUGGUGUGGAGUCUACAGUGCAGAAAACCAGAAGUUUCCUGAGGCAGUCUCCCAUCACAGUGAAGGCUUCAAAGCCAGUUCACACAAGCCACUGUUUGAAAAUGUAGAUUGAACAGUUCCACCUAUAGUUUGGUAUGUAUGGGGGAACAGGUUGUGUGAACACUUGCCCAUAUCCACUCACUUUUAUCAAGCUGCAGCUCAACCUGCUUUCACAACGACCCAGGAAGCACAUGACUUGGGUAUCGUAUCACAUGGCCACCAUGACACACACAUCAAAUGUUGCACAACUCCAUUUCUCUACCCCCUGCUAGAAGUUGGGCCUGUGAAUUAGUCUUGGGUACAAGGACCCACUUUGUUUCUGGUUUUAUGUCACUUGCUUACUUAAAGCCAACCCAAGGACAGAAUGAACAGAGCUCAAAGAAAGAGAAAAGAUGUGCAGGUUUCCCUACAGCAAACCAAGAUGAAGGAAAAACUAACCAUGGAAACUAGAUGAGAUGUUACGUGGUGAACCUCAUGGGAGGGGAGAGUGUUGACUGGAGUGAGUCAGUGGCACUGACCUUUGACCCAUGAUUUGUCAUGGAGAACGGGAGAGAGGAAAUCUCGACUAGAGGAACAUCCAGGAUGGUGAUGUGGUUGUCAGUGUAGUUUGAGUUGAAAGAGCGCAAAAAGUGGUCCAGUAGCCCACAGCAAGGUUUGGAAUCAAAUACGGGUUAUCCUUUAUUCACGACAAGAAAUAUAGUGAACUUCACAGAGUGGUGAGAGACACCAGAGCUCAGUGGUAGAGCAUCUGCUUUGUAUGCAGAAGGGCCUGGGUUCAAUCCCUGUCAUCUCUAGUUAACAUGCAAAGGCCUCUUCCUAAGACCCUCGACAGCCACUGCUAGUCAGCAGAGACGCUGCGGAGCAAGAUGGAUAAUUCAUCUCAACUGCCGUAAAAGGGACUUCUUAGUUUCCUAUUAUUUAUUCCGAGAAGAGAUUCUGGAUGCUGUCAUUUCUAGUUUCAGAUUUUAGACCACCCUUACAACUUGCCCCAAUAGGCCUGUCUGGAAGUGACACGCUGGAGGCAAUGAUUUCACUUUCCACAGUUGCCCUUUGUUACGUACCGUGUCACAAGGACAUUCCAACCCUGUUGGAUUAGAUUUCCUGUAAGCAAGGGGGGCAAACUUCUGGCCAGCAUUGUUAAUAGGAAAGGGGUUUUGUUGUCCAAUUAUGAAAUGCCAACGCAUCCAAUCUAUUUUCUAGACUAGUGGUGAAAUCAUAGUGUGCAGUGCUAGGAGGAAGACUGGAGCUCUGGCAGAUAACACUGUAGUUUUGAGUGGGAUAAUGAAAGGGUAUCAGCCAAGGUGUGAUCUGAUUUACUGCUCACCUGGGCCAAGUUGGUGAGUGACACGACUAAUCUGUUCUGCCACGUUUUUCCUCUGUUGCUGACACCCCAGUGCGUUGGUCACCUAGUGGGCUAGAGACCAAGUGGAGCUCCUUCUCUCUUCUUUCAAGAGCAAAAGACAUAACCAAGCUAACUCCUUUGUGCUCGUCCCAAUAACAAAAGAGUGAAGCAGAUCUCUCGGUGCUUGUUCUAAAGAGGGGAAGAGAGGUAUCUGGGAGGGCAACGCAAGGGGAAGGCCUGCGGCUCAGUGGUAAGAGUAUCUCUUGCAUGCAGAAGGUUCCUGGUUAAAAAAACCAAAACAACCUGGGGGCUCCGGUCAGGGCUAGGAAAAGUGCCUGCCUGAAAUCCUGAAGAGCCGCUGCCGGUCAGACCAGACAAUAUUGAGACCAAUAGACCAAUGGUCUGACUCAGUAUAAGGCAGCUUCCUAUGUUCUGUUUGCAAAGGGCGGGAGGAGAUGAACGUGGCAUGGAGAGCAACCUGACAGUAGGAACUGGGGAGAGAGAGGAAAGCAGACCUUUAAAAAGUGAGAGCGAGUGGUCAACUACUGCUCAGUAGUGGUGCAGUUAGAUAAUUUUAGACUGGCCUUAAUGGGCUUACACCCCACCCUGGCUUUAGAUGGUAAAGUGUAUGCAAGCUGCAUGGAGUGGGGGCGGGGGUCCUGCUCAUGCUGCUGCGUAGGGCCCCGGACCUCUGCCCUGAAGCCCUGCCCCUGCAGCGCCACCGCAGCUUAGACAGCAAACGCAAAGAGUCCGCAGAGACAGCGUGUGCCAUGGUUCUAAAACUGAUCUACCUGUUGCCAAAACAACCCCCCUGAGACUAGGAUUGCUUACUCGUGCAGAAAUGAACCAAGGUGUGUUUGGGUUUUUUUUUAAAAAAAGGUAAAACUGCAAAGUUUGUGAUGCUCCCUAUAGUUCUCAGUUCCCAGCAUUUACUCGUCAGAACACUGCAUGUCUGCCUCCCCUGCCUACAGUUAAAUGCCCAAAGAGCCUUUCAAAGUUUGAAGUGAUGUUUUCCUUGAAAAGAAGCACAUGUUCAUUGGGUUGUGGAGGGGGGGUGUAGAACAUAUGGGAGGAAAGAGGCACAGCUAAGGGAGAAAAGAGGUCCCCAACACUGUGCUCUUGACUCCCUUCAAUAGCUGCUUGCCUUCAAGGUGAAAGCUGAUUUGACUUACAGACACCUCCCCGCCACAUCUUCACUGUGAUGUAUGUAAAGUUAACUUGUAUGUUAUAAAAAAAGGAUUUUUUUUAAAAAAAGUGUCUUAAGGCCUGUCAACUCUGCCGUUUUGGUCUGACGAUGUAAAGAGACUGCUGUAUGAAAAAAAAACCCCACUCUCCUUAUGCUCUGUCCCUUAUACGCUAAUCAAACAAAACGAACCAUAUCUGUUCUGUAUGUAAUAAAAAAACA